AAAGGGAAACAGACAGCUGUGUCGGCUGACUAGGAUGGAGGGCAAGGUAUCCAUGAGAGGUGAGGACUAUGAAAAAGACUUCAUUCCCAAAGACUACCUGACCACCUUCUACAGCUUUGGCUCUGGCACAGUGGCAGAAAUGGAAAUCUUAAAGUUUAGCCUGCAGAACCUCUACCAGACCUUCUCUGCAGGAGGUGUGGGGGGCGAUGUCCUGAUCGACAUUGGCUCUGGCCCCACGAUCUACCAGCUGCUUUCAGCAUGCGAGGUCUUCCGGGAGAUUAUUGUCACUGAUUACACCCCGCAGAACCUGCAGGAGCUGCAGAAAUGGCUGAAGAAGGAGCCAGGAGCCUAUGACUGGUCCUCCAUAGUGCAACAUGUGUGUGAGCUGGAGGGAGACAGAAGCAGGUGGCAGGAGAAGGAGGCCAAGCUCCGAAAGACAGUCACUCGUGUACUGAGGUGUGAUGUGACCAAGACACCCCCACUGGGGUCAGCCCAAGUGCCUCUGGCUGACUGCGUGCUGACCUUUCUGGCCAUGGAGUGUGCCUGUCCUGAUGUGGAGACCUACCGGGCAGCCUUGCGCAGACUGGCUGGCCUGCUGAAGCCCGGAGGGCACCUGGUGACUUUGGUUACUCUGCGUUUCCAGCAUUACAUGGUGGGCCCCAAGAAGUUCUCUGGGGUCUACCUGGAGAAGGAGACAGUGGAGAAGGCUAUUCAAGAUGCUGGUUGCCAGGUGCUGAGGUGCAACUGCGUCUCCCUCAGCUACUCAGAGGCCUACUGCGUCAACGACGGUUUAUGCUUCGUGGUUGCUCGAAAGGGUCCCAGUGCCUGAGGCCACUGGUAGAGAAUCGCCUUCCCGCAGGGAAGUUACAGCUAUCAUUUGUAUAGCCUUCCUUCACAGCUUUCUAACACCGACCAUGUUGCUUCUAUCUCUUACCAUAACAGAAGGUCACAAGGGGAAACCCAAGGUUCUCUCUUUUCAGUGCCAAAACCCAUCCCUUUUGCUCCUGUAUACCGUGAUUAAAGCUCAUUAAAAUAAAGUGGCUUCUCUGGA